AUGGCGCUCGGCGCCGGCCACCUGAUGGGAGCCGCCUGCUCCGUCUACGCCUGCUCCGGCGACCUGCAGCUGCUGACGCUGGCGCUCUCCAACGCCUUCCCCGUGUCCUCGGGCUUCGCCAAGGCCGCGCUGCUGCUGGCGCGCCACCGCCGCUACUCGGCCCUCGUCGGCGGCGUCGACGCGCUGCGGGCGCGCCAGCGGGACUUCUGCGACGCCGACCCGCAGCUGGCGGCCGCCCUCCGCGAGACCCGACGCUGGUCCGUCAAACUCACUUUCCUCUUCUUCUCGUCCGUCCUGUCGGCCAUGGUCGUGUGGUCGCUGCUGCCACUUUCCGUGUAUCCCCAGGUGCGCUUAUUCCCCUUUCAGCAGCUCCCGUGGCCGAACCUUACCCGGGCACCCACCUACUGGUUCCUGUACGUCCACCAGUGUGUGGCCACCUUCUUUUUCUGCUCCAUCGACAUGAACACAGACUGCUUUUUCGCGACUAUUAUGGCACACAUCUCGAUGCAGUUCAGGGUCCUGGCUUCCAGAAUAGCGGGACUGCGCCUCCGGGAAAGAACACAGAAGAUAAAACUGUGCGCUGAACCAGAGGAUGUGUCCACACCUCACGGCGACAUGUAUAAUGAGCUGUGCUUAUGUGUCGAUACCCACAAAGAGCUCAUCAGAUUGGUUGGUCUGCUGGAGUCGCUGAUGAACCCGGUGGCUAUGCUGCAGUUCCUGGUGGGAGCCGUCUCCUCCUGCGUGGUGCUCUUCUCAGCCACCUACAGCCCAGACAGCAAUUCCGCGCUGAAGUGUUGGGGCUCGCUUCCCCUACUGCUGACGCAGCUGUUCCUGUAUUGCUCAGGAGCUCAGCACAUUCUGGACCAGUUGAUUCAGGCGACGUACUCUUACUACACACUUCUUCAAAAUUUGGACAACUGA